AGAAUCGAAAAUUUGCCCGUGUAAUGAUUUCUCUCCGAUUGAUGCGAAAUUCUCAAUCCGUUGUUCGCUCAAAAGCGUUUCCUACCGAUCGACAGUGUAUCUUCAGAUCUCUCGAAAACCGGUUCAAUUCGUUUUGUUUUGUGUUUUUGUUGUUCAAUCGCAAGUACAUAUUUUGGAAAUGGCUUCAAUUGAACCAGUGUUUAUCAGUGAGAAUGAUUUAAAAUCAUAUACUAAUUGGCAAGAGAUAAAAUUUGUCCUCGAGCAAGCGUUUUUAUCUGUGUCAAACACGACUAAGUUAAGCAAUCAUCCUCAUAGCUCACAACCAAAAAGGUCGUUUGUGAGUACAGGCGAAGGUGUUCUUUUAUGUAUGCCAGGUUUCAUGGGAAAUCACAACGUUUUCAAAAACUCUCUUGAUUCCACGCGUCGGUCUACACUAGCCUGUAAAUUGAUAACUAGUUUUUCUGGCAACCCUGGAAGAAACUCUCCACUUCCGGACAUUAACGGCAAUAUAUUUCUGUUCGACGAAAAUACUGGGAAACUACAGGCCACUUUAGAGGCAAAUUAUCUCACCGGAUUGAGAACAGCAGCUGCAUCAAUAGUCGCCACCGAGCAGGUGUUUUUCCCAAGAAUUCAGGAUAAGUCCAAGCUAAUUCUGGGAAUUAUCGGCUGCGGAACACAGGGAGAGUUUCAUGCUAUUGGAUUUAUGAACACACAUAAGUUUCAUCAAAUCAAAUUAUGGAAUCGUACUAGAACUCGUGCCGAACUAUUGAAGACGAAGUUGAUCGAAAUGGCGGCGAUCAGCGUCAGCCCAGAAGUUGAAAUAUCAGUUCAUGAUUCCGUUUCCGAUUGUUGCAAGGAAUGCGAUGUUCUUGUAACAGCCACCAGUUCGAACGAAUCUCUGGUGUUCAAAACCUAUCUGAAGCCUAAUUCACAUAUUAAUGCUAUUGGAGCUAGAGCUAUUCAUCAUAUCGAAAUAGACCAAGAUGUCUAUGAUGAUUGUCAAGUAUUCAUUGACUAUUGGGAUGGAGUUCGAGCGGAACUAGUUAAUUUGAAAGCAAAUAUCGUUGGUGAAAUAGGCGAGGUUAUGCUGCACCAGAAGAACAUUCCAAUUAGUGGUAUCACAGUUUUUCAAUCCCUUGGAAUGGCCGUUGAGGAUGUUGCGAUAGGUCAAUUGUUUUACACUAAAUAUCGACAGAACAAUGCAAAACAACAAUGUGCUUAAUAGAAAAAAAAGUUUCAUAUUCCAAAUACAUAAUUGUUUCAGAAAAUUUUACAUUUCUAAGCUAAGAAAUGCAAAACUAACAUCAUUUCAUUCGUUAUGACACAAGGUACUACUCAAGUAUAAAAUAAUUAAACGAAAGAUAAUUGGAAAACGUUGAAGUAGCGAAAACGAAAAAAUUCUAAAAGUCGGUAAAGUGCACAGUCGGUAAUAUUUGAAUCUUGUCCUUUCCACGUAAGUAGAAUGCUGGUACAUUUAAACAUCUUAUCUAGCAAUACCGUUUCUGAUGAUGCUUUGAAUUGGUUAUAGUUGGAAGCUAUGUAAGCUUCGUAAACUGACAUAGUUUCAUUUACCUGAGGAAAUCUUUUUUUACCAGAAAAUAUGCAUGAUUCGCUUCUCGAUUGUAUCAGCUAUCUGGAAUAUAAUUUUAGAGUACUUGGCCCGAUAAUAAAAUAAUACGAAUGUGAAUAUGAAGAAAUUUGAGGAUUUGAGUGAAGUGUAGUGUCACUUAUGUUAUUAAAGGAUACUACCUCAAUAGAGGGCGUCGUUAUUUCCGAAGAUUCGGCCUUGUAAAAUUGUGUUCGGCUUCCCGUAUUAGUUAAAGUCGGCGGAUGUGUUCACUUGCCAAAAAUUUCCCAUAAGAGUCCAGGUCGGCCAGCGCUCCUUAGGAUUCAUUCCAUAUUCCUGUGGACUUCGAUGAAGAUUCGUAGAAUGUUGUUGGAAGGCCUUCUGAUGCUAAUAGAAUUUUUAUACUAGUGGAUAUCAUACCAUCGAUGCAUACUGUAGGUUGUUGAUUUUUCAUGUAUGACAAAUACAGACGGACGACGUGCAUUAUUUUCGGGUCACGGAGUCUUGCUUUCAAGAACGUGCCAUUUGAGCCAAUUUGUUCUGAUUCCUGAUGUUCUGUGAUAUUGCAGAUGUGUUCACAUAGCUAGUGGGUGGUAUAGAUUCAAUGUCAUUACUUCCAAAGACCAGAGUAGUGUUGUUUUGAUUAGUUCUUGUUCCUUUGUAAGGGUUGAUUGUUUCACCUUUUUGAAAAUUUAUGAAUUUUGAGGCAAUAUCUGCACCUGGGUGCCCGGAGAAUUGAACCCGUGCAGCUGCUAGUAAGUCCUUUUCCAAGGGUAAGGUAUAUUGUAAUGACAUAUUAUUGUUAUUGUUGUGACAGGUAUUGUUACUAUUUGUGUUGAAAUUGCUGCUGGAGUGCCCGUUGUUGUCGUUGUUGUUGUUGUCGUGUUUGCUGUUGUAGUUGUUGUUUUACUGCGUAUACUGUAAUAUUUGCUGUUGAAAUUUGUGUUAUUUUGUUGUUUACUCUUCCUAUGUUUCCGUUUGAGGUUUACUUUUUCUGCUUGUUUUUCUUGCAGCCGUCGAGUGCGCUGUUUCUUGUCAUACUCACUCCAGUCUCGUUUCCAGAUUUUUUUUACUUCCAAUGAAGCGCCAGCCACUGUCGCAUGCUUGACUUUCCUUCUCUGUUUCUAAAGUUGUG